AUGAAAACCCUGCUGCAUCUCCCAAUCCUCCUAGCUUCCCUGACCUUGCUCCAGAUGGCAGUGUCUGCCAGAAAUGGUCUGACUGCCAGAACGGCCACCAUUUGUGAAACAGUGGAUGAGGUCAAGGUCCAGGUCAACAAGGCCUUCCUGGAUUCCCGGGCUAGGCUGAAGACUGCCCUGACCACCCAGGCUCCUACCACCCGUCACUUCUCAGAGUAUCUCAAGCAAGCCAAAGGCCAGACGCGCACAGCCAUCCGCAGCGGGCAGGUGUGGGAAGAGUCUCUAAAGAAACUGAAGAAGGCGGUGUCCUUGACCAAUGUCACAGGCCAAGGCCUGGACUUCACUAAGCUCUCUCGGGAGGUGGGCUGUGAUCCCCCUGCUCCGGCAGUGAAUUGCAACAUAAGCAACCCUUACCGGACCAUCACUGGAGUCUGUAACAACAGGAAGAAUCCGGAGCUGGGAUCCGCCAACAGGGCUCUGGCUCGCUGGCUGCCGGCAGAGUACGAGGACGGGCUCUCCCUCCCCUUCGGGUGGACGCCGGGGAAGACGCGGAACGGCUUCCCUCUCCCGCAGCCCCGUGAAGUCUCCAACCAGAUCGCUGGCUACCUGAAGGAGGAGGAGGUUCUGGACCAAAACAGAUCCCUGCUCUUCAUGCAGUGGGGUCAGAUCGUGGACCACGACUUGGACUUUGCCCCCGAAACUGAGGCAGACAACUACUCCAAAGCCCAGUGUGAUGAACACUGUAUCCAGGGAGACAACUGCUUCCCCAUCAGGUUUCCAACUGGUGACCCUAAGCUGAAGACUCAGGGGAAGUGCAUGCCUUUCUUCAGAGCGGGAUUUGUCUGCCCCACAUCGCCCUACCAAUCCCUGGCCCGAGAGCAAAUCAAUGCACUAACCUCUUUUAUGGAUGCUAGCUUGGUGUAUGGUGCUGAGUCAGGCCUGGCAAAUCGACUUCGAAAUCUCAGCAGCCCCCUGGGCCUCAUGGCUGUCAAUGAAGAGGUCUCAGACCAUGGGUUGCCCCUCCUGCCUUUCGUCAAAGUGAAGCCCAGUCCCUGUGAGGUUAUCAAUGCCACUGCUGGUGUGCCCUGCUUCUUGGCAGGAGACUCCCGAGCCUCGGAGCAGAUCUUGCUGGCCACAUCCCAUACACUCUUUGUCCGGGAGCACAAUCGAUUAGCCAGAGAACUGAACAGCCUCAACCCCCACUGGGAUGCUGAGAAGCUCUAUCAGGAAGCCAGGAAAAUUCUGGGAGCCUUCGUACAGAUUGUCACCUUUAGGGACUAUCUCCCCAUCCUACUGGGUGAUGAGAUGCAGAAGUGGAUACCCCCAUACCAAGGCUACAGUGAAACUGUAGACCCCCGAAUUUCCAAUGUCUUCACCUUUGCUUUCCGCUUUGGCCACUUGGAGGUCCCCUCUACCGUGUCUCGCCUGGAUGAGAAUUAUCAGCCCUGGGGUUCAGAACCUGAGCUCCCCCUACACAAGCUCUUCUUCAACACCUGGAGGCUGGUCAAAGAUGGUGGAAUUGACCCUCUGGUUCGAGGCCUGCUGGCCAAGAAGGCCAAGUUGGUGCAUCAGGAUAAAAUGAUGACUGGGGAACUCCGCAACAUGCUGUUCCAGCCGAAUCACACCAUCCAUGGCUUCGACCUGGCUGCCAUCAACAUACAGCGCAGCCGGGACCACGGACAGCCUGGGUACAACUCCUGGAGAGCUUUCUGUGGUCUGUCACAGCCAAAGACGCUAGAAGAGCUGAGUGCUGUGCUGAGAAAUGAGAUGCUGGCCAAGAAGCUGCUGGAUCUCUAUGGAACCCCCGACAACAUUGAUAUCUGGUUAGGGGCCAUUGCUGAACCGCUGGUCCACAGGGGUCGAGUAGGGCCUCUCCUGACCUGCCUCCUGGGACGGCAGUUUCAGCGGAUCCGAGAUGGAGACAGGUUCUGGUGGGAGAACCCUGGGGUCUUCACAGAGAAGCAACGGGAUUCUCUACAGAAGGUGUCCUUCUCGAGACUCGUCUGUGACAACACUGCCAUCAACAAGGUCCCGCUGAACCCAUUCCAGGCCAACAGCUACCCCCAUGGCUUUGUGGACUGCUCUUCUAUUGAUAAGCUGGACCUCUCCCCCUGGGCCUCAGUGAAGAAGUAGGAACCUCCUGCCCAUGGCUUCCUGCACUGCACAGCCCAUGGUCCAAGAUAUCAUUUCAAGCAAGUUCAAUGACCUGGUCCUUUCAAGUUGGACACCCAAGUCCCACAUCUUCAUUUCUUGCAUCCUCCAGAUGGUGGUCAAAGGUGGCCUCAGCCUUUCUGGCUCUUCCCCUUGGGUCCCACCACCUCCAUGUCACCUUCUCAGCCUGUGGAAAUCAUCCUCUUACAAGACGCCCCUCCAGCUUGUCAGAUGUCACCUGCCCUCUUCCUGAAUGAGCACUGACUGAGGCUGUGACCUCUGACCCUUAGGUUUCCUCCUGUCCUCCCAGACUAGAAUAUAAGCAUCCUGAGCCACAGACUCUCCAUCUGCUUCUG